AUGUUGAAUGAAUCAACUAAAGUUAACGCUAAUCACAAUAUUACUACUAAACCUACAUUAGUUCAAGAAAUUAUAAGUAAAAUUAGCCAAUCUAAUAAUAAUAGGAAAAACAAUGUAUCUAAUGUCAGUGGUUCCUUUUCACCCAUCAAUAUAUAUGACAGCAUUGAGCUUGGAGAAGU